AUGUUGAAGUUAUCGAUAUCGCGAAAGAAAGUAUUCUUGGCGUGCCUUGCAGGCCUUCUAUCAUAUUUCAGCUGUUUUUUAUAUAAGAAGCUUUCGACCGGUGUAGCUCAAGCAGAUGCUCAGAAGACAGUGGAAUCUGAAAGAUACAGUACAACUCAAUUAUACUCCCACACGGACUUUUCACUGCUUGGACUAAAACUUCUUGCUGACACUGGAAUGCAAUCCAGAAAUAUUCAUAAGCAGAGAGCCUACAGUAUGGAAGCUUUAGAAGAACUUUACAGUGUCGAGCCAACCAGCAAAAGUGAGAUGAAAAGGAGGGUCGCGAAGGCGGUCUUCUUGUCGAACAGGGUUGACCUCAGUACCUUUAAAUCACUUCAUUACAUUGAUUUAGGAGCACGGACUCAUUCAUCCAGCAUUCUUUGGUUUAAAAGUCAUUACCCAAAAUUUAGCAAAGACUUCCAAAUUACUGCUUUCGAAGCAGACCCAAGUUACAGCAUCGAGUACGAGGAGCUGCAUGACAUAGACUUUCAUAAUUUAGCAGUUUGGACUAAAAAUGAAACUUUGAGUUUCGGUGGCAAAAUGGGUCGAGUCCGAAGUGGAGCCAAGUGUAAGAACAAGUGCAAAGAGGAGGGGAGUUAUACAGUCCGAGCUAUAAAUUUCUCUGAGUAUUUACUCCGUCACGUCAACCCAAGGGAUUUUGUCGUGAUGAAAAUGGACAUUGAAGGAGCGGAAUAUAAUGUAGUACCUCAUAUGCUCAGUAACGGAGUUUUUAACUUAAUCGAUGAAUUCUUUCUUGAAGGUCAUACAAUGACAUUGAGCAAGCUUGAAGAAGUAAGACAUCGCAAAUACGAACAUAUUAUAAAUAUGCUGAAGACAAUUCGAAGUCUUGGUGUGUGGGCCCAUGAAUGGUUCUGA